AUGAGGGAGGACUACUACGAUAGCAUGCCAAUAAUCGAAGUCGACAAGCAGAUCGACCAACUUCUGGAUAACCCAGGCGUGGACUCUUCGGAUGGACAUCGGCCGACGGAUCCAGGUCACAAAGGACAUGAUCGCACUUUGCGGGCUUUGGGAGCCGACCCGCCGAGGGAAGAGGUUCGACUGGAACAAGGAUAA